AGCGCUGAGUGCGGAAUACAGGACAGCACUGGACAGUGCAGGACAGCAUCGGAGCGCAUCAGCGAUCGCCGGCCGAAGGCACACGCUUUCAUAUAGUCCCGAAGUCCCAAACACCAGCCAUGCACAACAGCGGAAACCACAUGGACCUAAUAUGAACUGUUGGAUGGGUGAUCUGCGCUUCAUGACUCAUACUUACAGAUAUACAGUUUGAUUAGGAAGGACACUAUCAGCCAUGGACACCUUGGUGUGGAUCUUGGUUUGUGGAGCGCUGGGGCUGGCGUUUAGCUCUAAACUGGAGCGAGCUGUGGAAGCUGAGGAGUUGUGUGAAUCAGGCCAGUACACUAAGGGUGGUGAGUGCUGUAUCCAGUGUCCACCAGGAGAGGGAGUGAUCAGAGAGUGCGGGGCCAAACAGACUGAAUGUAGUCAAUGCCUUGACAGUGAGACGUUCUCUGAAAACUACAGUCAUACAGAGAAGUGCGAGACGUGUAACGAAUGCACGGGUCUCAUGCGCAUGCAGACCCCCUGUACCGACUCGAACGAUGCAGUAUGCAUCUGUAACUACGGCUACUUCCUAGACAUUCUGUCUGGUCAGUGCAAGGAGUGCACCGUGUGUCCGAAGGGUCACGGCGUGCUGAUGCGCUGCGAAUACGACCACGACACGGUUUGUGAGGAGUGCAUAGACGACACCUUCUCCGAGCAGGAGAGCUCGCUGGACCCCUGCCUCCCCUGCGCUAUCUGUGAAGAGGACACAGAGAUAUUAAUCAGGGAGUGCACACCUACAGCAGACGCAUAUUGUCACGAUCCAUUUGCUCCUACGUAUCCCCCUACCACGCCUUCCCUUAGCGAAUCAAACCCCUAUUUGACAGAUCUGGAUGUAUUAUGGAGCCCCAGCCCUGGAGGGGAUGCCACUACACCCAAACCUAGCACCCCACACUUCAUCGGCAGAGGACUCAACGAGAACCUGAUCCCCAUCUACUGCUCCAUCCUUGCGGCGGUCGUGGUCGGCCUGCUGGCUUACAUCAUUUUCAAGAGGUGGAACAGCUGCAAGCAAAAUAAACAGGCAGCUAAUAAUCGUGCAGCGACGGCCAAUCAGACGCCAUCUCCAGAGGGAGAGAAACUGCACAGUGACAGCGGGAUAUCAGUGGACAGUCAGAGUCUGCAGGAGCAGCUGGGCCAGACGCAAGCACAGGCCCACACGCAGCUGCAUGCCGCAGAACAGAUUGUGGUGAGAGUGGAUGGGGGCGCGCAGCCUGACUCCCCGCCACCUCAGGCCUAACCGGUAAGGACCAGGAAGUAACAUGAUCAAAGAUGAAGAAUUGAUGAGAGGUUGGAGUGGAGAAAACAAGAGCGGAAGGAACACAGAGGAGAAAGGAGGAGCGAAGCCAUAAUGGUUGUCCGGGCAGGGAGGCCAAGACUUACGAGACCAGAUCUUUGAUCAUUUUGAACCCAGCACGGACAAUUCUUUGACGGGCCGGUUCAUCAGCAUCCGUGGAGAUGUCUUCAACGAUCUGGCCUAAAGUAGCUACUACUAAACCAACAUAAGCCCAAAGCGAGUUUGCAGUGUAAUGUAUCCUGAAGCCCAGUUCAAACCUCAACGACAACAAAACUGAAUGUUUAAAGUCUACCGGGUUUCGCAAAUGUAUUACAGUGACCUCGUGACAUGAACUCUGGAUCUCUUUACGAGAGGAUGUAGAGACGGCCGUCGUAAGUUUCACGGAUAUCACGUUAUUUAGCAACCUCACCAUGAUUCCUCCACCUGGGGCUUUCUGCCUGAUUUAAUAAGGAUUUUGUUUUUGCCUUAUCUUUGAAGUACUAACAGAUUAUGUCUUUAACCAUCAAAGUCCUUUAUUUAAUCAGAACCUCAGAUUUUCAUGCAGCUCUUUCCAGGUGUUUAUUCAGACUUUGGGGGUGGGUUACGCAGUUAGCUUAUGAAAGCAGCUGAUCUCGGGUCAGCGUUUAUGGGAAACAACUCGCGCCUGUGACAUUUGCUGACCUUUACUAAAGUAAUGACUCAGAUCUAUACUUAGCUCUGGUUCCUUUUCUCCCUUUCACACUCUCCGUGACAGCCAUUUUUCUAUAAACACAUACAGACAUAUAGCGUGUCAUGUUCCCUGCCUUCCUCUGCUCAGUGUUUCUUUUCCUGGAUGUUCUGUCCUCUUUAAAAUCUGAUUAAAAUCCCAAACAGAGAGCAGAACCGAAAGAAUGAGAUGCUAAGAACUGAAAUGCUGACAAACAUUUGGAUCAUUAGAAAUCUGAUUCACAGAAACCAAGACUAAAAUUGUCAUUUUUAAACCAUCUUGUGUAUUAAGAGUUUGUCCUAAUGACCUACUACAGAAAAAUACUAAAAAACUAAAAUAAUAACACAUUUUAAUGUUUUGUUUAGAUUUAAGGAACACUUAUUACAACUAAACUCUGUCGUGAAUGUUUCUCUUAAACUACAAAGAUUGUCAUAAACGCUUAUUUAGAUCUGACCGGAUCUGUGAAAAUGUUGUUGGGACUAAACGGCCAACACUAGGAUUCCCCACCACAUUUUUUUCCCACGUUUUUCCCCAAAACUCUGAUCUCUUCUUUCCUCUUUAUCUUUUCUACUCUUAUAAAACAUUAAAUUCAUAGACUACUGUAGUUCCUGAGGAGUCAUUAUUGUUUUUCUAAUCUUUGCCAACACAUUUUCUCCUCUCUCAGACUCACUCUCUACCUACUUAAGUCUGGGCUAAAUGCUUCACUCCAUGUGCAUCAGAUGCCAUAAUGUGGUUUGAAUCACAGUCAUCUCAGCAGUCCUGGAAACGGUUAUAUUCGUGUUUGGAGAAUGUGAAAGAGAGACAUUUCAUUUGACUGUCCUUGGCCCGGCUUAGACAAAUUACAGGGCAGACCUGUUGCCAAUUCAGCAGAAAGAGCAAAAAUAUUAGUGCGUUAUCCAUUGAAGGUGAAGUAUGUAAUUUCUUUACCUUUUUCUAAAUCAACCAAAAAAAGACUUUCUUAGAAUCGUCAAGUAUUUUAACAAUCAAAUAAAUUGCAUCACGUCUGUGAACCGAAGUGGUCCAACCAUACAACGCUACCAAAAGCCCGAACAACUAAAAAUAGAUCAUUGCUUCCUGUUUUCUCUCCAUCCACUUGGGAUAUUACGCUAGUAAAUAGACAUUAGGGACCCAAAGUAGAGGAUUCCACAGACACAGAGCAUCUAAUGGACUGUCUUUCGUUGCAUUCCUAAUGUGCUUACUGCCAGGCUCUGAAUAAACAUGAGAGGCAUUAGUAAGACAUUCCUGUCAGGCAGCUGGUAAUUACCCUGAUGCUUUCCGUCUCUCCUCCCCAAAGUCAGCUCACUCUCUUGGGGCUCUCUUCUGCUCAGCUUCCCUACCCCGGAGCUCUACCUCUCCAUUCUGGGACCGUCCGUUCAACUCUACGGCACUCAGCGGUAGUAAUAGUGCUAUCACUGGUACAUCAACAGGAUAUCACGGUUUGAUUUCAUUUUUACAAAUCUUCAAUAUGAAUAAGACUUUCACUUCCUGCUUGAAUAUCCAUCUCAAGAAUUUCAGAACAGGGCAGCUGGAUUCUAGCUGGUCCUCACUGAGCUUGACCACUUUGAGAUGACGGUAACUCAAUGAAGACCAACUUGUGUCAACAUGUCCAAAACACAGAUACCACCCAAACUUUCCAUCGGGUACAUUAUUUCCUUCCUGACUUGCAGUCAUAGACUGAUUUACACUAUACAAGUCCAAUCCAGUUACUACUAGAAGUUCUGCAUUAACUUAAAGUUUGAUGUACAGAUUGGAAUAACUUUUGCAUCUUGCUUUUUGGGAGGUGGUUGUUAGCUCCAGAUUUUAUAACGCUUGAGUUGCGUGCAUCUACCCGACGCUGUGGUUUCCAUGAAAUCACACUGUGCAGCAAAUCACUGGCUUCUGGAGGGCUCAGCGUUCAUUCGUGGGGCACUUUACCGAUGUUUGCUCUGAGAUUAGCUUCCUCUUGAGAACCUGACGAGAUCAAGAUAAGAUUUCUUUCUCUCGCUAUCUUGGCAAUAGCUUGUGUCUAUCCCAUUCUUACGUCUUAAUGCGGAGCAGAAAGGUUGGCAAACAUCGAGUGACAAUAAUAUCAAAGAAAUUGAUGCUUCUCAGGCGGGCGGUGUACUGAAAUAUAUUAUAUUCAAAAUAAGCCUAUAUUUUCGAAGAAUGUUUUUUCUGAUGUGUUCUGAGAGAUAGAUUGAAAAUACAAGUAUGAGGGACAGACAUUUAUCAUGUGUACACAUAUAACCCACAUGAUUUGUGCUUGGCAUCCAUAAGGCGUCAAAGUAUCAGUGAGCAUCUGAAACAAUUUAAAGAAUAAAGGUAACAAGUGGAUUGAUUCUUGAUUCAAUAUCCAGGAAUGUGCCAAAGCAUCCAUAAAUAAAAGCGACUCAUGCAACAAAAUAUCCACUAAAAUGAUUGCAAAUCUCUCUUGUCAGCCAAAAAAAAGUAUUAGAGGAAAGUCAAAACAUCAUUUACAAUACUAAAUCUCUCCACUUGUAUCCACCAUCGUUUAGUAAUUCUUUAUUUUUUAUAAAACAGCAGUUUUUAUCAUUUUAAAUAGAUUUAUUCUUUGGAAGCAGUAUUUUCUAGAGACCGCUUACUUUCUUAGCCGUUAAAAUAGAUUUGAACACUCAAUAGUGUCCAUCACCAGAAAGUGCCUGUGGACAAUAUCAGGUGUCUCUGAGCUAUGUAUCUUGUGUGUUCUGUGUUUCUUGUAUGUGAUAGAUUCCCUUUGUUUUUAUUUUUGUUAUGAGAUACGUGUUGAUAAAGGUUGCCAGACAUGACAUCAUUAUCCAGGUAAAAUAGAUCCAGGUAAAUUUUAUCUAUUGUCCUGCGUUUCCAAGAACUGCCUACAAUUCAAACAAGACACAUACUGUAUCAGCUACACCAGUCCUAAUAGCGGUGUACUUAAAGACACAAAAAGCAUCAUAUAAUGUCACUUUUCCAGCACAUUAAAACCAUUCUAUGCAUUCACUUCACAGUGCAACCUUCACAAAAUGUUUAGCUCUUAUAUUAAAACUGUAAGCUUAAAAAGUGGCAAUAUUUGAUAGCGUUGUGUUUCACAAAUAUGUUUUACUUAUGACAAGGGAUUGUACAUUAACUGUUAUUAAAGAUAUAGAGAUAAUAUCGCAUUUAAGAGAGACGUUUGGAAGAAUCGCCACAUGAUGCUUAUGGAAAUCACCCUCUGCUGUUCAGCAGAGCUGAAUGUUGUGUGUAUGUAACCCAUGCUGUACAAUGCAUUGUGUAAAUUUUCCUGGAGUUGUUAUGACACAUAUACACAUAUGUAAACAAGAAAUAAAAGCAUUUAGAAUUCAAUUAAAUAAAACCAAA